CAACGUAAAAUAUUAUUAUUACAUUCCAAUAAAAAUAACUUACGGAUAGUGUUAUCAGAUCACGUAUUAAAAUUACAACACACUAAUCAUACAAAUGUGUUUUAGUAAAAUUAAUAGUUUUAUGAGAGUUGAAGUUUACAAACUUCGAUUUCUAUGUAGAUAAUUGGUUGUUUCUUUCGGAAACGAAUAAACAUUGGGCUUGCAUAAAGGCGACUUCAAAUAGUAAAUAAAGGUACAAUAAUGGAAACUGACGAAGACUCGCGACGGACCAACAUGCUGGAUGACCUGCCUCCGAUUAGUUGUGACAGCAACUUCGAGGAUUCCGCCGGGAGCGGGUCCAACGAGAUCGGCGAUAUGACAUUCUGCAUGGGAAAUUACAUCAGUGAGUUCAUGAAGAUGAUGUUUACAAUGAGAUCACACCAAAUGCUGACUGAUGUCGUGUUGGAAGUUGGAAACGAACUCUUUCACGUCCACAAAGUUGUAUUAGCGGCGGGCAGUCCUUAUUUUAAGGCGAUGUUCACGAGCGGCCUCAAGGAGUGUGAAAUGUCAAGGGUUCGGUUACAAGGCGUGUGUCCUUCAGCGAUGGCCUGGCUGAUAUAUUUUAUGUACACGGGGAAGAUCAGGAUAACUGAAGUGACUGUCUGCCAGCUGCUCCCGGCCGCCACCAUGUUCCAGAUAACGAAUGUAAUAAACGCAUGCAGCGCGUUCCUCGAGCGACAGCUGGACCCCUCGAACGCGAUCGGCAUCGCGAACUUCGCCGAACAACACGGAUGCGUUGAACUCAAGAAGAGAGCCAAUCAAUUUAUCGAGAGACAUUUCACGCAGGUGUGCCAAGAAGAAGAAUUCCUACAACUAACAACACAAGAACUAAUAUCUCUUAUCCGCAAAGACGAACUGAACGUAAGAGAAGAAAGAGAAGUGUAUAACGCUGUUUUAAGUUGGGUAAAAUACGAUGAGGACAGAAGGCAUCCCCGGAUGGAGCACAUCCUGCAGGCGGUUCGAUGCCAGUACCUAACACCGAGCUUCCUGAAGGAGCAAAUGAGCACGUGUACGGUUCUAAAGAAAGUACCUGCCUGUAGGGAAUACUUAGCUAAGAUAUUCAAGGAUCUGACAUUACACAAGAACCCGGUCGUGAAAGAACGCAGACCGAACACGCCCCGCAUUAUAUACGUGGCUGGCGGGUACUUCAGGCACUCGAUAGACACGUUCGAGUCGUUCAACUUAGACGACAACUGCUGGACGACUCUGCCGCGACUGACCGUGCCCAGGUCGGGACUCGGAGCGGCGUUUUUAAAGGGUUUGUUCUAUGCGGUCGGUGGUCGGAAUACGUCACCGGGCUCGUCCUACGACAGCGACUGGGUCGACGUGUACAAUCCCGCCACGGAACACUGGCGACCUUGUAGUCCUAUGUCAACGCCGCGUCAUAGGGUGGGUGUGGCAGUAAUGGACGGUCUCUUGUACGCCGUAGGAGGUUCGGCCGGAUCAGAAUAUCACAGGACUGUUGAAUGCUACGAGCCCGAGCGCGACCUGUGGAGCAGCGUGGCGGCCAUGAGCACGGCGCGGCUGGGCGUGGGCGUGGCCGUCGUCAACCGGCUGCUGUACGCGGCGGGGGGGUUCGACGGCGCGCGCCGCGUCGCCUCCGUCGAGUGCUACCACCCCGAGAACAACCGCUGGACCGAGGUCGCGCCCAUGCACGUCGCGCGCAGCGGGGCAGGCGUGGCAGCAAUGAAUCAGUUCAUAUACGUGGUGGGAGGCUACGAUGGCUCCCAGCAGCUGGCCUCCGUGGAACGUUACCAUACUGAGAAAAAUACCUGGGAACUUGUCGCCCCGGUGCAGAUAGCGCGCUCCGCACUCUCGCUCACCGUACUGGAUAACAAACUGUAUGCUUUAGGUGGUUACGACGGCACGUCGUUCCUGGACAUCGUGGAGGUGUACGACCCGGCCACGAACAGCUGGUGCAACGGCACGCCGCUGACGUCAGUGCGGUCGGGCCACGCGUCCGCCGUGUGCUACCAGCACGUGGCGCCGCUCUCCGACCACUGCGACCUCGCCGCCGCCGCCACCGUGCCCAGGAAGAUAGGCAAACGGACCGCCUCCACCGCAGUCCUCACUCAGCCGUCGUCCUCCAGAAACGACGACAUCCCAAUGGCCAACAAUAUCAUUCGGACUUUAUCGAACACUAGGAGCUUCGAGAACGGCCUGUAGUGACUAGUGCUGUGAUGUGAUACUCGAUAUAAAUCGGGACCGUCCUUGUAUAUAAGUCAGUGAGAUUUGUGAUUUUAUUUCUCGUAGCCAUACGUAACGUAUCGCAUGCUGAUUGUUUUGGUGACAGUACUAAGGAAUGACGGCCAAUAGCAUAUUCCACCGUAUAGUUGAUAUGACAAUGUUACGUUGUAACUUUUGACGUUCUGACGAAAGAAAUGGAUCGUUAUAAUUUUGACUACAACAGUUUUAUUGAGUACAAAACAAUUGUACUUAUUGUUUGACUAAAAAUGUUCUUCCUUGAACUUAAUGUUAUUGUUGUUAAGAACUGUAUAGGUUUAACGUUAAUUAGCUUUUCAUGCAUUCAUAGAGAAACCUGUUAGGAAGUGUAAAUACAGUAGAGCUGUUAUGCGCUUUUAUGUAGGCGGCCUCAAAGCCUGGACUCCCAAGACGCAUAUUCAUUCACUAGCGCAUAAAAUUCUUACAAUAAACAUUUUUAUAUUUCUUUUUCAAAGAAAAAUGAUAGCAUAUAUUUUUAUUCCAAUAUAAACCAAUAUUUAUUUAUUUUUCUGUGUUAAUUGAAUUAAAAAAACUGCAAAUAGGAACUGACGUGUUGUACUUGAUUGAAUCUUAAUGACUGUUCUUAUUUAAUUCAGUCUGUGUAAGGUAUAUCUAUAAAAUAUAAACUUAGAAUCUAUAGAAAGGAACCUAUUCCGAAAACAAAAGACGAAAUGCGAUAAAUAAUCGUAAGCGUAAAAUUAUAUUACACAGCUUACAAUAAUAUAUUAGUAAAAAUCGACUGACACGCGAGGUCAACGAACCGUGACCGCCGGCUGCCUUAAAUGUUUUGUCGUGGAUUAACGAAAUAUGAACUUACCUUCAAGCAGUGCAGAACAUUGUUUUCGGCUUUUGUUAAUGUCCCUGUACAUAUUUACUUAUUUCAAAUUUAAAUGUAGAUACUAGAAUGUGUUGAUUUUAUUAUUAAACUAUUUGACUUCACAGCUGAAUCUAACUACAAAUUUGAGGUCGUCAAGACAACUAAAGAACAAAACUUUGUGUAGUAUGUUCUAAAUGAACUGAAAAGUUAUAAAUUAGGUACUUAAUUAUUUGUUAAAACAAUUGAUUCUGAUAAUUUGUAUUAUUCUGUCGUCUAAGGGAACAGUACCAUAAUUAACUACCUACAUAGACCGCGCCUUACUGACGUAAAUGUGUUCUUAUGCAUUUUUAUUUCAAGCUCGCUUUUUACACUAGUACAAUAUUCUGUACAUUCCUUUGGACGGUAGUAUUGAAGUAAUGACAUAUAAAAUGUGAUAUAUUUUAUUUGUUUUUGUAUCUAUUUUCUACUAAAAAUUUUAAUGUUUUGAAAAUUAAAUUACGUUUUCAUUACAUAUUUAAUUAAGCCAACUAUAAAUGUUUAAUCAUGUAAAUAAUAUCAUAGUUUUAUUUGUAAGGAAAAAUAAAGACUGUUAAGGGAAGU